AUGAGCGCUUUUGAAGAGCUGGGCAUCUGCCCUGAAAUCAUUCAAGCCGUUGAAGAGGAUGACUGGUUGCUUCCGACACCCGUGCAGCAGGAGGCUAUUCCCCUGAUUCUUGGUGGAGGUGACGUUCUGGUUGCAGCAGAGACCGGAAGCGGAAAGACCGGUGCCUUUGGCUUGCCCUGCCUCCAGAUUGUGCAUGAGACUUUGCGGGGGAAGUGCAGCACUAGGAAGACACAUGCAUCGAAUCUCAAGUGCGAGCUCAAUUUGAAUGACAAGGACAUGUUCGUGCUCGUGACGGAGGAUGGAAUGGAAUGCAAAAGCGAAGAUGACAAGCGAUGGAAUGGGAUUCGUGCCACCAUCGAGGUUAUGCAGGGCUGCUACAUGUUCGAAGUAGAGGUCGUGGAAGGCUUGCUGAGAGUAGGUUGGAGCGCUGGCUUCGCCAAAUUGGAGCUUGGAAUUGAUGACAAGAGCUUUGGCUUUGGCUCCACCGGCAAGAAGAGCUGGAACCGUAAGUUCGAGGACUAUGGAGAAGCUUUCGAAGAAGGUGACAUCAUCGGCUGCCUGCUCGAUCGCGAGAAGCAGACCAUCUCCUUCACCAAGAACGGCAGAGACCUGGGAGUAGCCUACAAGCUGCCCCCAGACAUGCAGCGCAUCGGCCUCAAGCCCCACAUCUGUGGCAAGGGCUUCAUGGCUGCGGCGAAGUUCGAUGGCCCCAUGGAGUAUCCGGUGGAAGGCUAUACCCCUGUAGGCGAAAUCGACCCUACACAUACUCCACAGGGCACUUCGCAGGCCAAAGGUAAGCGGCCACCCCUCUGCAUGAUCCUGGAGCCCACAAGGGACCUGGCUGAGCAGACCUACAAAUGCAUGACCACUUUCAACAAGCACCUGGACAACCCCACCGUCCGGAUCACUUUAUUUGUCGGGGGCAUCGAUGAGAAGGAGCAGUUCCGUGCGCUGGAAGAAGGCGUGGACAUUGUUGUCGGCACGCUGCAGAAGCUCAUGGAUUACGUUCGGCGGGGGAAGUUAGACGUCACCCAUCUCAAGUUCUUGGUGCUGGAUGAAGCAGAUGAUCUGCAGAAGAAAGAUGACAGAAAGGAAAUCCCGCGCCUGAAUGCGCAGAUCAAGCGUGGCCGUCGAGACCGGGUCCAGACUCUCUUCUUCAGCGCCACUCUUCAUACGCCAGAGGUGGUGCAAAUGAUUGAUGAGAUCACAUCCCGACCCAUUUGGGUGGAUCUCAAGGGCAAGGACUCCGUGCCAGAGACGGUGCACCACGUAGCGCUCUACAUUGAUCCGUACCAAGAUCUGCAGUGGAGUGAUGCUGAGAUCGCUGUGCGUGCCAAAGCCCCGAAGGAGCAACCAGAGCUUGACGGCGUGCAUGCCAAACCCACGAUGUCGAAAAUUGACAGGAACCAUCCAGAUGCGCUGAAGAUGUCCGAGAAGAUCAAGAUGAUGAAGCCGAAGAUGGUGGUCAAACUUGCCGAUGCGUUCAACAUGGCACAGUGCCUGGUGUUCUGCCGCACGAAUGUCGAUUGCAACAACCUGGAAGACUACUUGAACCGCUUGGGCGGAACCAAGGCUUAUGGAGGCAAGAUGGAGACUGGCAAGGAGAAUCCCUACAGCUGUGUGGUCCUGGCAGGGAUGCGCAACCAGGACGAGCGCCGGUCCAACCUAGAGUCCUUCAAGGAAGGUGACGUCCGCUUCCUGAUUUGCACAGAUGUCGCAGCAAGAGGCAUUGAUAUUGCGGGAUUGCCCUUUGUGAUCCAGACUACGCUUCCUGAUGACAUCGAGAACUACAUUCAUCGAAUAGGUCGAUGUGGUCGUGCAGAGCGUAUGGGAUUGGCCAUUUCAAUAGUGGCGACCGAGAAGGAGAAGGUCUGGUACCACAAGUGCCCUUCCCGGGGCAAGGACUGCAAGCCGUGGCCUGGAAACACGUGUCUGACGAUCCCGUUUGGAACUGAUGGCAAAUUAAGGCCACGAGACGACGCGAACUGGAUCAUCGACGAGGGCGGUUGCUCCAUCUGGUACGACGAGCCUGACCUCAUCAAGAAGGUGGAGACUCGCAUUGGCAUGCCGAUGAAGGUCAUGGACGCAGAGGACUUCAGUGUCACUGGGGUGUUGGAGAGCCCCUUCGGCGAGGCGGGGAAGAAGAGGUUGAAGAAGGAGGCAACCGUCAAAGAGCCUCCGAGUCGACGUGCGCAGAUGAGAAAGAAGGAGGAAGCUGCUGUGGUCGUCUACGGCGCCAAGAAGGGCGACAAGACAAUAGCAAUGACAGCGAAGCAUACCAGCGCUCUUGCCCCUGUCGUGAGCGAGCUCGCUUCGCUUGAGAAAGAGAUUCAGCAAAUUUUUGCAAAAGUUAUGUGGGGCAACGCGGCUGGGACAGGCGGCACCGUGCCCUCGCAAGCAACGAGACCAAGUGCCAACCUCCAAGCCACGCCAAAGCCGGCAGCACCGGCAGCGCCGGCCGCGCCGGCCGCGCCGGCUGCACCGGCGCCGAAGGCCGAGGGCCCCGUGGACAUGGAGGUGGACGGCGACACCCCGGCCAAGCGCGUGGCCACAGGAUGGGCGUCUGGAGGCGGCAAGCCGAAGCGUAAAGCCCGAUGGUAA